CUGAUCAACAAGUAGCUCAAUGUGCAUGUGAAGAUCAGAAAGGCAGCUUGCCCAGCUGCCAGCACUGGCAGUCUCACAGCAUGCCCAUUGGCAAAAGCAUUGUGAUUUAUUACAGGUGCAGCAAAAGAGGUUGAUUCCCCUGCUGCUGGCCUGCACCUGCGCCCUUGUUUGCGGGCAGAAUGGUGUGUCUGCGCUCGGAAGAUCAUCGAGUGCUGCUGGCUAGCUUGCUCAUCUUCCGCCUCCUCAAUGCCCUUUUGGUGCAAACAUACUUCAAUCCAGAUGAGUAUUGGCAGAGCUUGGAAGUGGCGCAUCGGCUUGUAUUCAGGUAUGGAUAUAUAACCUGGGAGUGGCGUGAAGGCAUCCGCAGCUAUGCCCACCCGCUCAUCUUUGCUGCGCUGUACAAGGCCCUCGCUCUCUGUGGCUGCGACUCUGCAGCAGCGUUGAGGAUUGCACCCAGACUCCUCCAAGGUGCACUCGCAGCUGUCGGAGAUUCAUUUCUGUACAAGCUGACGGGGCGCAUUUUCUCCCAGAAGGCCGCCAAAUGGGCCCUGGUGUGCCAGCUGCUCAACUGGUUCACGUUCUUCUGCAUCGUCCGACCCUUCUCGAACUGCCUCGAGACCGUCCUCACGACCGCCGCCCUCUUCUACUGGCCCCUCGAAACCAAGCCUCUGCCAAUGAAAGCAACAGAACAAGGAUUCCCAUCAAGCUCCAAGCAACCCACAAAAGUUUACAACCAGCCGCAGAGGAAUGACUCACUUCUUCAGACAGAGACCGGAAGGGCCUCCAAAACUGCAUACGGAUACGCAGACAGCGAAACGGACAGCAAGUAUGGGACCAGCAGAGCUUGUGUGAAUAGGCCCCUCGCCUUGUCUCUUGCCGGGUUGGCAUGUCUUUUCCGGCCAACGAGCGCUGUCCUUUGGGUCUACUUGGGAUUCCAGGAGUUGGCCAGAACGCCCGACAAGAAGCGCUUUGUGUUCCUCGAAGUCCUUCCGAUAGGCUUCGUUUGCUUGGGCGCAUCGACGCUCCUGGACCGUUGGAUGUACGGCGAGUGGACGAUCGUACCGCUGAACUUCGUCUGCUUUAAUCUUAGUGGGGGCGCCGACGCUUAUGGAACGCACCCUUGGCACUGGUACUUCACGGGUGGCCUCCCAGCGAUGGCCACGACGCUCCUUCCGUUCGCUAUGGUGGGCGUCUGGCGGAGCCGGAACGGAGCGCUUGCGUGCGUCAUCGUCUGGGUUAUGGCGGCUUACAGCUUGUUGGGACACAAGGAGCUCAGGUUCAUCCUUCCGAUUCUGCCCCUUGUAAUGGCCUUCGCCGGCGAAGCGCUGGCAAGCUUGGACAGUCCCGGUCGUUCCGGUGGCCGCCCUGAUGCGGAGCUUCCGGAAACGGAAUUGCAACCCUCCAAAUCGGGACGGGAUUCAGCUCCCCGAAGCUCGGAACGAGAUUUGCACCCCUCCAACUCGGAACCCGAUCUCUCUUCCAACGACCCGUCGCGCUUCCAAACGAACCCCCGAGUCGUAACGUCCUUGCACAGGCGCCGGCCGGUCAACCCCUCCAAAACCCCUGCUGACGUCACCCAGUCCAAACCCCCGCCCGGCACCGUCGGCGCAAAGCUCUCCGCUGACGUCACAAGCACCUGCGGAAACGCCCCCGCUCCCUCCAAACGCUCCCCUGGCGCUACCACCGCCGUCUUCUCUCCCGUCGGCACCUCCGGUCUCGGCAAACCCUCCGCUGACGUCUCACCCCCUUCCGCUGACGUCACACCUCCCUCCGCUGACGUCACACCCUCCUCGCGGCCCCUCGCUCUGCGCCUGUUGCUCGCGUUCCUAAUUCUUACCCAAAUUCCGAUGGCGCUUUACUUUUCGAUGAUUCACCAACGGGGCGCGGUGCGAGUCGCCGAGUGGCUGGCAGACGAGGCGCGGGCGGGCGGGGUUUCGGGGGUUUGGUUCCUCAUGCCGUGCCAUUCUACGCCGUUCUACAGCCACGUGCAUGCGCGCGUGCCCAUGCGGAUUCUGGAGUGCGCGCCCAGCUCUAAGCCGGGCCACGUGCGGGAGGACGACCGCUUCUUCCGCGACCCGGCGGCCUUUCUUUCACGGGAGUUCGAACUGCUGUCCAACAACGGGUCUGGGUCCCAGCACGCUGAGAUCGACCGCAGAAGAGCCACGUGGCAGCAGCUGAUUGGCUCCGCUGCGGAGGGGCUCGCGGAAAAGCUGCCCAGAGGGUUUUGCCAAGGGACCCCGCUUCUUCCACGCACACUUUCCAGUGGACCGGGAGCUUCAAAGCCACGUGGUCGUGUACGCGCGCGUUUCUGGGGGUGCAGCUUGAGUGCUAAUCUACCAGGACGGCGCUGCGCUUCCAACGACGAGAGCGGAGCGCCCACUUGUGGCACUGGAAGGGGAAGCGAGUUGACACCAAAGCUCUUCCACCAGCUACUCAUGACAACCGUGGCCAACCCUAUGACGCAAGGAGUCGGGUAGUGAUCCUUGAGAAUUAGCUUCAAUGAGGAGAGUGCGAG